AUGGCGCCUGAGCUGUACCUUGUUUGCAUAGCAAUCCUGGCGGUGCCACUGCUAUGCUACGUGGUAACUUACACGAGAAGAGAUGCCCGGCGGUGGCCGCCAGGCCCCAGGCCGCGGCCCAUCAUUGGCAACCUCCUCGACCUGCGCGGCGGCAACCUCCACCACAACCUCGCCCGCCUGGCAAGCGCCCAUGGCCCCGUGAUGACGCUGAAGCUCGGCGUCGUUAGAACCGUAAUCGUGUCCUCCAGGGACGCGGCGUGGGAGGCGUUUUCCAUGCACGACCGGCGCAUCGCGGCGCGCACCGUCCCUGACACGAGGCGCGCCGUGGCGCACGCCGAACGCUCCAUGGUGUGGCUGCCGAGCUCUGACCCGCUGUGGAAGACGCUCCGUAGCAUUGCCGCCAGGCACAUCUUCUCCCCACGCAGCCUCGAGGUGGCGCAGGGCGUCCGGGAGCGCGCCGUGCACAACACGCUUAGCACCUUCCGCCGCCGGGCCGGCCAGGAGGUCGACAUCGGCCACGUUUUGUACCACGGCGUGUUCGACCUACUGACCACCACGCUCUUCUCCGUCGACGGCCAGGAUAAGUUGAGGGACGUUCUGGAGGAAAUCGUGGCGCUCCUCUCCGAGCCCAACAUGUCGGACUUCUACCCGUUGCUCCGUGUGCUGGACCUGCAGGGCCUUCGCCGCUGGACGGCCACGCGCAUGAACCGUGUCUUGGAUGUGCUGGAGAAGAUCAUCGACACUCGGCUGGGCGAGGGCAAGCAUCAUCCGGACGUCCUAGGCGCGCUUCUAGAGCUGAUGACCACUGGCAAGCUGAGCCGCCGCAACGUGAAGACCAUGCUGUUCGACAUCCUGGCGGCGGGCACGGAGACGACCAAGAUCACGGUGGAGUGGGCGAUGGCGGAGCUUCUGCGGAACCCAGGCGCGAUGGCGGCAGUGCGCGCUGAGAUGAAGGAGGCACUCCCACAGCAGAGAAUGAUCACGGAGGCGGACGUGGCGAAGCUGCCGUACCUGCAGGCCGCGGUGAAGGAGUCUAUGCGGCUCCACCCCGUGGCGCCGCUGCUGCUGCCGCACCUGGUGGUGGAGGAUGGCGUGGUGAUAGGCGGCUACGCAGUACCCAAGGGUGCCACUGUCAUCUUCAACUCGUGGUCCAUCAUGCGUGACCCCGCGGUAUGGGAGAUGCCCGAGGAGUUCGUGCCGGAGCGUUUUCUGGGGAAAAUGGAGCUCGGCAUGUCGGGGAAGGACGUCAAGUUCAUCCCGCUGGGCGCCGGACGGAGGCUGUGCCCUGCAUUGCCCAUGGUGGAGGUCCUCGUGCCCUUCAUGCUGGCGUCCAUGCUGCAUGCCUUGGAGUGGCGGCUGCCCCAGGGCAUGUCACCUGACCAGGUGGACGUCACCGAGAAGUAUACAAGCAACGACAUCCUCGUUAUGGAUGUGCCUCUGAAGGUUGUGCCCAUGGUCGCAACCUAG